AUGUCUACCCGCUACCACCAAGCUGCUAGUGAUAGCUACCUGGAACUUCUGAAAGAGGCUACCAAGCGAGAUCUGAAUCUUUCUGAUGAAGAUGGCAUGACUCCCACGCUCCUGGCAGCUUACCAUGGAAACUUAGAAGCUCUAGAAAUAAUCUGCAGCAGAGGAGGGGACCCUGAUAGAUGCGACAUCUGGGGGAAUACUCCUCUACAUUAUGCAGCCUCCAAUGGCCAUGCCCACUGCGUCUCAUUCCUGAUAAACUUUGGUGCCAACAUCUUUGCCCUUGACAAUGACUUGCAGUCUCCACUGGAUGCUGCUGCCAGCAGGGAACAGAAUCAUUGUGUUGCUCUCCUGGAUAAGGCUGCCACUUCCCAGAAUAUCGUGAACCCCAAGAAGGUCACCAGGCUGAAGGAGCAGGCUCAGAAGAAUGCCAGGAGGCAGAUACAAGAGUGUGAGAGACUCCAGGAGAAGCACCAAAAUAAGAUGGCCCGCACGUACAGCAAGGAGGAAUCUGGAACUUUUUCUUCUUCCAGGUCAUCCUUUUCAAAUGCUUCUAUUUCUAGCACAUUUGGGUCAUUGUCAAAGAGCCUUAAAGACACCUUCAAGUUAAAGUUCAAGAAGAACAGAGAUACAGCAGAGCAGGUGGGGAAGGAGGGCAGAAGUGGGCAAAGGAAUGUGAUGGAAGUGUUCAGAGAGGAGGGGGAAUACUCAUUCUCAGAGGACUUCAAAGAUAAGCUCCAGUUCUCAGGAGAGGAGGACAACUGUGAGCAACAUGAAUCCAUUCUCAAUCGUCCAGGUCUAGGAAAUAUUGUUUUUAAAAGGAACACAGUGCUGAGCCCUGAAGACUUUUCGGACAGCAAGAGGGAGUUGGGGCUUAAAAUGUCCAGUGAAUUGCUUCAGAGACAAGGAGCAACAGAGGCUGACAAAGCUGAGGCUGAUGAAGAGGAAGAAGAAAAUGACCAUGAUGAAGACCUGCCUUGGGAUAAGGAUGAAGUGGAGUGGGAGGAAGAUGUGGUUGAUGCUACUCCCCUGGAAGUGUUCUUGCAGUCCCAUCACCUGGAAGAGUUCCUCCCCAUUUUCAUGAGAGAGCAGAUUGAUCUAGAAGCUCUGUUGCUUUGCUCAGAUGAGGACCUUCAGAGCAUACAAAUGCAGCUGGGUCCCAGGAAGAAAGUUCUUAAUGCCAUAAACAGAAGGAAGCAGGUGCUACAGGAGCCUGGACAGCUGGUCGACACCAGCCUCUGAUGGAGAGUAUUGGGUCAACAGAGGUGA